GAACAUCAUAUUAGUAAAUAAAUUAACAUACAUACAUUGAUUAUUUAUUUUUUUUCUUCUUCGCCUCUUGGAAACCUAUCGAGAUCAACAGGCCAAAAAUUAUCAAUUAAUUUUGCCUGAACUUGUCUUAAUUCCAUUGUUUAAUGCUUAAUACUUUCUGAUUAACACAAAGCAAAGUUCGUUUAGUUGGGGUGUAACAUGGCCUAUCAACAAGGAGAUGAUGUUGAUUACGUGGAAGAUGAAUAUGAAAUGGAUGAACUAGAUGAUGAGUUCCAAGGCAUAGAGUUGGGUGGCUUUCAUUUGGAUGUAGAUGAGUUCCAAGGCAUAGACUUGGGUGGCUUUGACUCGGAUGAAGAUGAGUUCCAAGGCGCCGACUUGGGUGGCUUUGAUUCAGAUGUAGAUGCAUAUGAUGACAUGAAUAAUAGAACGCAAGAUACUUCGGCUGCUGAGGCAAGGAGUGGCAAAGACAUUCAAGGGAUCCCUUGGGAAAGGCUUCCAUCAACCAGGGAGGAAUACAGGCAAACAAGACUAGAACACUACAAGAACUAUGAAAGUAUUCCUCAAUCGGGUGAGACAUCUGCGAAGGAGUGCAAAACCACAAAGAAAGAUGGUUUAUACUAUGAUUUCAGACGUAAUUCAAGAUCUGUUAAAUCAACGAUCUUUCAUUUCCAGCUGAGGAAUUUGGUCUGGGCAACUUCUAAGCAUGAUGCGUACCUUAUGUCACAUUUUUCUGUCAUUCAUUGGUCAUCAUUGACCUGCGCGAGUACUGAAGUUCUUAAUUUAUCUGGGCAUGUAGCGCCACGUGAGAAACAUCCUGAAAGCCUUUUAGAGGGAUUUACACAGACGCAAGUAAGCACUCUUGCCGUGAAAGAUAAGUUGCUUGUUGCUGGUGGAUUGCAAGGAGAACUUAUCUGCAAGUAUUUAGAUAAGCCUGGAGUUUGCUUUUGUUCUCGGACAACAUAUGACGAUAAUGCCAUUACCACGGCUAUCGAGAUUAACAACACCGCCAGUGGAGCGCUUCAUUUUAUAGCUUCAAAUAAUGAUUGUGGAGUUAGAGAUUUCGAUUUGGAGAACUUUCAACUGUCUAACCAUUUCCAGUUUCCCUGGCCAGUUAAUCAUACAUCACUCAGCCCUGAUGGCAAGCUUCUCAUAGUAGUUGGGGAUAAUCCUGAAGGUAUAUUGGUCGACUCCAGGAAUGGAAAGGAUGUUGCUCCUUUGUGUGGACAUGUAGACUACUCAUUCGCGUCAGCAUGGCAUCCCGAUGGCCUGACUUUUGCAACCGGGAAUCAGGAUAAAACAUGCAGAAUAUGGGAUCUUCGGAACUUGUCCAAAUCAGUCACUGCUUUAAAGGGUAACAUAGGAGCUAUUCGAUCAAUCCGCUACUCAUCCGAUGGCAGAUACAUGGCUAUGGCAGAGGCUGCAGAUUUUGUCCACAUUUUCGAUGUGAAAAGUGGAUACGAGGUGGAGCAAGAAAUUGAUUUCUUCGGUGAGAUAUCCGGAGUUUCUUUUAGUCCCGAUACAGAGUCCCUUUUCGUUGGGGUCUGGGAUCGCACCUAUGGUAGCCUCCUUGAGUUUGGACGAAGGCGCAACUAUGCAUACCUCGAUACGAUACUAUGAGUACUCUGCAGGCUGCACCAGUAAACAUUGUCACCACAGCUAGAAGUGUAUGUGUGCAUAGGCAUGAACUUUGUGUUGCUAAACUUGGCAGGGACUUAUAAACUUGAUGCCAAUUAUAGUGUGUCAUUUGCAAAUCUUGGUGCAAGUUUUGACGUAACUAAAACUUAAUGAGCUAAGACAUGGGUGAUUGAAUGUAGAUUUAGGACUUUUAACUAUUAUGUCCUUGAUACAUAAUGUAAAGAAUUUAUAGAAUAUCAAGGUAAACUAUAACAAGACUUGUAGUGAACA